CGCCUUCCACAAAUGAGGGGAUGAUAAGACGAGAAUAAAGUCGUGGACAAUAGGCUUGUUAGUAAUAAAAAAACAAAGAAAGAUAAAAAAUAAAAAAAAAACCGUCGGACUGGGGAAAAUGUCAACAGCAGAACAACGAAGAGUGGAUCCGGUUGCGGAUUUUUAUUUUCUUCAUUUUUUAAAGAAGCCAUCCGGAAAGUGAAAGGCAGGAACUAAACACCUCUUUAAGGAGCAGUGCGUCAAAUUUAAGCGCAACGAUAACAACAAGCAGAUGUCCCUGAUUGUCAGCUGCAGAAAAGGAGAUUUCCCCUACCAAGCAGUCCGUGUUCAUAGUAAAAGCACAGGCAUAGCUAAUGGCAUUAACCACAGCUGCAUUCCCUUUACGUGCUCCAGGCCCAGGACCCUGGUGUUGUGCAAUGGCCUGGCAUAUCAGAGGCUGUAAAUGAAAUGGAUCCAUCAUUCAUGUUUUUGUUUACACCUGUACAUUUGCUGCAAUGUAAUGUCAAAGUGCUAUGAAAAAAAAAGCACGAACCUGUCUGUAUCCCUCAUGCAUUCUCUCUUUAACUCUCCUCCCUACGUGGUCUGCUGGGUGUAGUCUGUGGCUCUCCCAUCCUGGCCUCCACCUUCCUACCUCCUCUAUCAGCCCUGCCCUACAGAGACACACACUCACGCCAGCCUCCAGAGCUCUCUUCAUCUCGGGUCCAGAUCUAAAGGAAUGUUGAGUGUCUCCACAGCCCCCUCUCUGGAGAUUAAGCUUCACCAUGCCCCCCCCCCAUUCCUUUCCAAAGUAUGCCCCCCUAAGAGCUGCCGCAUUUUUAUCAGAGCCUGGUGAUUGUGACAGAUUGGCCAAAUGACAUACAUACACAGGCACAUAUUUGUGAACACAUGCUGAAACACAAACACGGGGAGGCUGGUGCGCCCGGGGAGGGACCAGACAACAUUGGCUCCAGCUAUAAAACCCUCCCAGGCUGAGGCCAGUGUCCUGCCCCGAGCUGGACAGAACCUCCUUUCUCUGUGCCAGGACGCUGUCAGGACAGGCAGCAGACGAGCCUCCAACAUGAACGACAUCUACAAGGCAGCGGUUGAGCAGCUGACAGAUGAGCAAAAAAAUGAGUUCAAAGCUGCUUUUGACAUCUUCGUACAAGAUGCAGCGGAUGGCUGCAUCAGCACCAAGGAACUGGGGAAGGUGAUGAGGAUGCUGGGCCAGAACCCCACACCAGAGGAACUGCAGGAGAUGAUUGACGAGGUGGAUGAAGACGGGAGUGGUACGGUGGAUUUUGAUGAAUUCCUGGUGAUGAUGGUGAGGUGCAUGAAGGAUGACAGCAAAGGAAAAUCAGAGGAGGAGCUGGCAGAGCUGUUUCGGAUGUUUGACAAGAACGCAGAUGGUUACAUUGACCUGGAUGAACUGAAAAUGAUGCUGGAAUCUACGGGAGAGACAAUUACUGAGGACGACAUCGAGGAGCUGAUGAAAGACGGGGAUAAGAACAAUGACGGCAAAAUUGACUAUGACGAGUUUUUGGAGUUCAUGAAAGGAGUAGAAUAAUUCUGAACCAGAGAAGGUCCACGGUGUUACUCGGAUGCUGUCGAUAGAUCCUCGGAACGACUUUGCAAGAUUUAGUCAAAUAUUAUAUUUGAAGGUUUCUGUAUUUUUCUACCAUCUCUUGCAAUGUUGUAAAUACAUUGUAACUACUUUUGGUGCCCAUGUAUACUACAUUUGUGUAAAUGUAUCCAAAUUACUGAUAUUUUCUAUAGAUAUUUCUAUAUAAUAUACAGUUUUGGCCACUUGAAAGAUCAACUUUUAUUUGUUCCCAGCCAAAUUUUAUCUAUAAAGUGUCACACCCAGUUUACAAAUCUUCUUAUUGAGAUGCUAGUAUUGUUUAAUACAUCUGGGUAUAAAAUCUAUGUGUGCACAAAGCCAAAGAUAUUUAUGAGUAACACUGUUUUACAUCAGGCUCUGGUAGGCUAAUCAUACUUUUAGAGCAAUGUAUGUACAGUAUAUACAGUAUACAGUACUGUGCAUGUUAUGAUGCGCACAUUGUAUACAAUGUUUUGUGUUUAAGAGACCCUCGGGACUUUUUAUUCCCCUCUCAUAUCUCCAGAAUAUUUGCAUAUUUCUACAUGGAAAAUCCACUGGGGGUGUGCAGUCAUGUAAUAAAUACAUUUGUC